AUGGCGCAAGCGCCCACCGGCCCCACAUGCGCGGCCUCGCGCCAGGCCGCCUGCAGUGCCGGCUGCAUCCCCGUUCCCUGGCUCUGUGAUGGCGAGCAGCAGUGUCCUGAUGGGACAGAUGAGCAGUGCGAUGUUGCCUGUGGUGGGGACCCCCAUGUUUGGCAGUGUGAUGAUGGCCGGUGUGUUUCUAGCAGCUGGCGUUGCGAUGGUACUGCUGACUGCCUGGAUGGCUCUGAUGAGCAGGACUGUGUGUGCGGGGCAAAGAAAGUGCAGUGUCCUGGCACCCACCACUGCAUCCCGCACUGGGAGCUGUGCGAUCGGCACCAGGACUGCGAGGACGGCUGGGACGAGGAGGGGUGUCCCCAGCAGCCCUGUCUGCCCGGGCAGUGGCAGUGCAGGAACAGGGUGUGCAUCAUGGCUGAGUGGAAGUGCAACGGGAUUGAUGACUGUGGCGAUUCCUCGGAUGAAGAUGUCUGCGCCCCCUGCCCACCUGGCAUGGUGCGGUGCGAUGAGGGGAAGUGUAUCCUGGAGUCCCUGAUGUGCAAUGACGAGGACGACUGUUUGGACGGCACUGAUGAGCCCAGCACGUGCGACAAUGCAACACAGAUCCUGGUGGCCGUGGGGCAGGACCUGGCCCUUCUGGAUGUGCGGACCCAAGCCUACCGGCCCCUGCUCUCCACUGAGACCAAACCCCGUGCCCUGGUGUACGACCUGCUCCGAGAAACCUACUACUGGCUGACAGAGGAGGGCGAGCUCCGCGCUCGCCUCCCGGGGAAGGGCAUGCGGCCCCUCUAUGCAGAUGCCGGGGAGGUGAACAGCAUCUCUGUGGACUGGUUCACAGGGCAGCUGUACUGGGCCAGCAGCCACCCUGCAGCCAUCUGUGCGGGGCUGGGCGAUGGACGGGGCUAUGUGACAGUGCUGGGGAAGGACGUGGCACCAGAGCAGCUGACAGUGCAUCCGGCUGCAAGGUCCUUGUACUGGGUCAACCGUGGGCAGAGGGGCCGGACAGUCAUUGCUGCAGCCGGCAUGGAUGGCUCAAACCGGCGGGAACUCACAGUGGUGUCCAUGGAGGAGCCUGUGGGGCUGAGCCUGGACCAUGUGGCUGGCAGGCUGUACUGGAUCAGCGAGUACAAGGAGUCCAUCGAGACGCUGCGGGUGGAUGGCAGCGGGCGCCACUCCUUUCCCACUGUCCUGCGGAGCCACACAGAGCCACUGGGCCUGGCUGUGUUCGAGAGCCGGUUCUUCUGGACCGACGGCACAGAGCUGGUGUCGGCCACCCGGGCCUCUCCCCAGGAGCACGCAGUGUUGCUCCGUGCCCCUGUCUCUGCUUUCACUGUGCUGCACGCACUGCAGCAGCCUCCCCGGGACACUGCUGCGUGUGCUCCGGGCCUGUGCAGUCAUCUUUGCCUCCUGUCCUCUGUGCACCCUCGGGGCUACAAGUGUGCAUGUCCAGAGGGCCUCUUCCUCCUGCCCUCGGGGAAGUGUGCAGAGCUGUCCAUCGUGUAUGCAUCAGGGAAGGCCAUCUCCCUGUUGCAGGUGGGCCCUGGAGCGCACAGCAAACUGCUGCAGGAGUGGCAGGAGCCCCUCCACCUGCAAGAUGUGGGCUGGCAGAGGUCGGUGCUCUAUGGGACGGAUGACCAUGGGACGCUGCUGCGUGUAAUGGGGCACCCAGGCAGAAGAGAGGCCAUUGCAACCAGGCUGCCAGUCUGCUCUGCCCGUGUGGACAUCCGCUCGGGGGACCUGUACUGGCUCGCAUGUAACCGGAGGGACAUCGGGGUGAUCCAGGCAUCUGACACGUCCCCGCACAUCCUGCACCGUGCUCGCAGCAGCAUCCAGCACUUCUUCUUGGACUGGCAGCGGGGUGCUCUAUACUGGCUGGCCCGCGGGCAGCCCCUGCAGCAGCUGAGCCUGGCUGGGGGUGCCCCAUGGGAUGCCUGGAACGAGACGUGGCCUGGAGACCUGCCUGCGGCCAUGGAUAGCAGAGCCUUCAGCCUGCUCUGGAGCUCAGCCCUGGGCCUGCGGGCACUGAGUCUGACCAAGCGGCAAGCAGUCACCCUGGCACCCAGCUGGUCCCACGGCCUUGUGGCCGCCGGGGAGCCAUACCUGGUGUCGGCAAAUGGGACAGCUCUGCUGCUGUGGGACCGGAGGACACUGGCCCUUGUGCUGUCUGUGCCAGCAGCAGGCGUGCAGGGAGUGGUGGCCUUCGUGGGCUCGGAGCCGCAGGCUGUCCCCCAUCUGUCCUGUCCUCGCACGCAUGUGCCCUGCCGUGAUGGCACCGAGUGCGUGGCCCAGGAGUACAUGUGUGAUGGGGAGAAGGACUGUGCGGAUGGCUCUGAUGAGGAUGGGUGUGCCCAGCUCUGUGACACCCCAGGGGCCUUCCACUGCGUGAGCGGAGCCGUGUGCGUCGGGGCUGGGGAGCGCUGCGAUGGGGUGCCACAGUGCCCUGACGCCUCGGAUGAGACAGGCUGCUGGAGCCCCACACAGGAGUGUGCCCUGCGCUGUGACACUGCCACUCGCUGUGUCCCUGAGAGCUGGCUGUGUGAUGGCCAUGCUGACUGCCUGGACCAUGCGGAUGAGCAGGGCUGUGCACCAAAGGAGUGCAGCCCAGCCGAGUUCCCCUGCCGGAGCGGGCAGUGCGUGGCCCUGGCCCUGCGCUGCGAUGGCGACCGCGACUGCCGGGAUGGCUCGGAUGAGGAGGGCUGUGCCGUGCCCCGGCCGCUGCUCUGCCGCACGGGUGAGGUGGCGUGUCCCCGCAGCGGGGAGUGUGUGCCAGAGGCCUGGCGCUGCGACGGUGCAGCCGACUGUGGGGACGGCACAGAUGAGCAGGGCUGUCCCUGGGAGGAAGGGCUGUGUGGGGACCGGCAGUGGGGCUGCUCCCGUGGCCACAAGUGCAUCCCUGAUAUCUGGCGCUGUGAUGGAGAGCGUGACUGUACGGAUGGCAGCGACGAGGCUGGCUGCCAACCUGCUCCCUGCCAGAGUCACGAGUACCCAUGUGGGCUGGGGGCCUGCCUGAAUGCAUCCCUGGUGUGCGACGGCCAGCAGGACUGCGCAGAUGGCUCGGACGAGGGGGGAAACUGCUCUGUGCCCUGCCAGCGGUCCUGCACUCAUCUCUGCUACCCCUCGCCCCAGGGCCCUCGGUGCUGGUGUGACCCGGGCUAUCGGCGGGCUGAGGACGGUCUGUCCUGCAUGGACAUAGAUGAGUGCACAGAGCCUGUUGAGGGAGCCUGCAGCCAGACCUGCCUCAAUGCCCCGGGGUCGUACAGCUGUGGCUGUCUCCCUGGCUACCUGCUGGAACCUGAUGGCCGCAUCUGCAAACUCACUGGACCAGAGCCCAUGUUGCUGGUGGCCGUGCAGUCAGAGCUGUUGACCUAUGGCUUGCGGAGUGGGCGUGAGGAGGUGCUGCUGGCCACUGAUAAGGAUCACGUUGUCUUCUCGCUUGACUAUGACCUGGUGGAGAGGAAAGUCUUCUGGAUGGACCUGGCCACAGAGAGCAUCCGCUGGCAGAGCUUCGACUUCGGCAAGAAAGGCACACUGGUGAAAGGUGUGAGAUCGGACUGUAUAGCAGUGGACUGGCUCGGAAGCAACCUGUACUGGACAGAUGGGGCAGCAGGGCAGGUGCUGGCCACUCGCCUGGGGGCUGCCUGGCGAGGGAUACCAGAGUACACUGUGGUGAUGGAUGGAGUCCUGGACCGGCCCCACUCCCUGGUGCUCCAGCCUCUGGCAGGGCUGCUGUACUGGUCAGAGGUGGGGAGCCACCCACGGCUGAUGGAGGCCACCAUGGAUGGGAGUCGGCGGCACGUGCUGCUGGCCCAGGGGCUGGGCUGGCCUACAGCACUGGCCCUUGACCUCCCCACCUGGAGGAUCUUCUGGCUGGAUGAGAAGCUGGGCAGCAUCGGUUCUGCACAUCUGGAUGGCACCAAUGUGAAGGUCCUGCAGCUGGGCUGGGUCCAGAGUCCUUUCGCAGCGGCUGUGUGUGAGGGGCAGCUCUACUGGUCGGAGAGGAAGGCAUGGUCUGUGCAGCAGGUAGACAAGGCCAGCGGCAAGAACAGGACCGUGCUGCUCAAGCGACACGGGCAGCCCCACGGCCUCCAGGUGAUACACCCAGCCCUGCGCCCCGUGGCCCCUAACCCGUGUGUGGCACGUGGCUGCUCCCACCUGUGCCUGCUGAGUGCCAGGCAUGCUGGGCAGUGCCGGUGCCCCGCCGGGCUGACACUGGCUGCUGAUGAGAUGACCUGCCUGCCCCUCCGUGAUUCGGCCUUUGCCCUCCUGGUGUCACCAGCAGCCGUGGCGCAGGUCUACCUGAAGGACCUGCCCACGACAGCUGGAUCCCAAGGCCUUCCCCCGCACCGGGCCCUGCCCUUGGCCAAGGUGGACCGCCUGACAGCCAUCGACUACGCAGUGAAAGACAAGAGCCUGUACUUUGCGGAGGUGGGGGGCGACUCCAUCGGGCUGCUGCGCCUGAAGGACUGGGGCCGGCUGUCCUGGAAGCGGGCGGUGGCUGUGGAGGGCACAGUGACGUCCCUGGCCCUGGACUGGCUGAGCGGGAACCUGUACUGGAUUGGGGGGCAGCCGCCCAGCAUCCGCGUGGCAGCUCCUGGGGGGCGGUGGGCCCUGGUGCUGCUCAGCGAGGGGCUGCAGGGCGCUGCCUGGCUGGGGGCGGAGAGAGGCACCAUCAGCAGCAUCGAGCUGGACGGAUCCCGCUUCCGGGUGGUGCGGGAAGGGCUGCACGGCCUCUCGCUCUUCGCCAUCGGAGAAGGCUUUCUGCUCUGGAGCACGACCUCAACCAAUGGCUCCAGCAAGAUCUGGCACAGUCGGCUGGAGCGGGCCGAGAGCUGGUCGUUCCCGAUGGAGCAGGAGUUGGUAGCCAUGAGGAUUUAUAGCCCGUUCUCGCAGGAAGGCACGAACGGCUGCGCAAAGAGCAACGGGGGCUGUGCCCAUCUCUGCCUGCCCAAUCCUGCAGGGCGGCUGUGCCGCUGCUCCCCUGGCUACCACCUGGUGCGUGGGGUGGCAUGCGUGCUGGCACUGCCCUGCCUGGCCCCGCUUCAGGCCUGCUCUGACCUCCAGAGCUGCAUCUCUGGAGAGCAGGUCUGCGAUGGGCACCCUGACUGUGCUGACGGCUCCGAUGAGUCUGACUGCCCCUCCGUGGAAGUGGGAACGCAGGUCCCUGUGGUGGUACCGUCAGGAAUGUCCCAUGUGGAAGAACAGAAACCAGCCUUACCCACAGCUGCACCCAAGCCUCGGCAGCCCGGCCCCAGCCUGCCCACAGCCCCUGGCCCCCGGGAGCAUGGAGAGCCCUUCCUGGUACCUCCCAGCUCCGAGGAGGUGCUGGGGGCCGUGCCGUGCAGCAGCGAGACGUGUAACCUGCGCGGGGACUGCGCCAUCGAGGCUGGGCGAGUGACAUGCCACUGUGCCCUGGGCUAUCGUGGCAACUACUGCGAGGAGGCAGAGGUGCAGCCCGUUGCAGGACCUAUCGUACUGGGGGUGGCCGUGCUCCUGCUGCUCGCUGCCGCUGCUGUGGGGGCCCUGGCCUACAUGCGGAAGCGGGACAGACGGAGGAGGACCUCAAGCACUGCCUCCACCCGGGUGCUGACCUUGUACCACCGUGAAAGUGACCCCGAGGAAGAGGAUGAGGAGGAGGAAGAGCUUCCCCCCAAGAGUGAUACCUUUGUGAAUGAAGCUUACGAUGGGAAAGAGGAGCUGCCAGCCCCGCUGAGGAAGGGACCAUCUCGCCCCGACACUGUAUUUUCAUAA